AUGCGUCUCUCGUUCGCCAUCCUAUUCAGCCUCCUCCCGGCUAUCCUUGCCACCCCCAUCCACCACCAGGCUGGCCUUGCUCCCCUCAGCGUCGAGGGCAAGACGAUCGACAACUCGUACAUUAUCGUCUUCAAGAAGGAAGUCUCCGCGGCCCAGGUCGCGAUCCACCUCAACGCCGUCCAGUCGCUCCAGAGCGCCCAUCCUCUUGUCGGCGGCGAUGAUGGCGUCACCCAGGUCUGGGCUCCCUCGAAGUUGAACGGCUUCGUGGGCUACGCCGGCAAGUUCUCGGAGGACGCCCUCAACGAGAUUCGCAGGUCGCCCGAGAUCGCGUACGUGGAGAUGGACCAGAUCGUCCACACCACCGACGACGUCUACGGUGUUGACGAGCCGUUCAUGGGUUCCGAGAUUGGCACCCAGAAGGGUGCUCCGUGGGGUCUUGCCCGUAUCUCGCACCGCAACCGCCUGACGUUCGGCACCUUCAACAAGUACGAGUACAACAAGGACGGAGGUGAGGGUGUGACGGCCUACGUCAUCGACACUGGUGUCAACAUCAAGCACGUCGAGUUCGAGGGCCGUGCCCGCUGGGGCAAGACGAUCCCUCGCAAUGACGAGGACAUCGACGGCAACGGCCACGGCACCCAUUGUGCUGGCACCGUCGCAUCGGGCAAGUACGGUGUGGCCAAGAAGGCCGAGAUUGUCGCUGUCAAGGUCCUGGGUUCGAACGGCUCUGGCACCAUGGCCGACGUCGUAUCGGGUGUCGUCUGGGCUGCCGAGGACGCUGCCAAGAGGGCUGUUCUUGCCGCUAGCGAGCUCGCGCGCACCGGCCAGACCAAGUUCAAGGGAUCGGUCGCCAACAUGUCGCUCGGUGGCGGCAAGGCGCGCUCGCUUGACGAGGCCGUUGACGCUGCCGUCGAGUCGGGCCUCCACUUUGCCGUCGCCGCCGGCAACGACAACAAGGACGCCUGUGACUUCUCGCCCGCCGCUUCCAAGGGCGCUAUCACCGUCGGUGCAUCGACCAUCACCGACCAGCGUGCCUACUUCUCCAACCACGGCAAGUGCGUCGACAUCUUUGCUCCAGGCCUCAACAUUCUGUCGACCUGGACCGGUGGCCCGGACGCCGUCAACACCAUCUCGGGCACGUCGAUGGCUUCUCCCCACAUCUGCGGCCUGCUCGCGUACCUCCUCUCGAUCGAGGGUUCGGACACGUUCACCAUGCUCGCUGGUCCCGAGGAGCCCGAGGAGCUCCUCGUCGAGUCGCGUGUGUCGGUCUACGGCGACGCGUACGAGCUCCUUCCCGAGUGGGCGCAGAUGUUCCUGCCCGAACCCGAGAGCGAGGAGGUGAUCGAGCUCAGUCGCGCCGCCAACGUUGGGCCGAAGGUCACCCCGAAGCGCCUCAAGAAGGCGCUCAUUGCGCUCGCCACUCCCGGCAAGCUCUCCGACCUCCCCUCGGCCACGGUCAACCUCCUGGCCUUCAACAACGCCACCCAUUAG